GAAGGAAGUAAGCGGUCGGACUCGUUUUCCUUGAACCUUCCCUUUCCUUCCCCGACUGUACCCUCUGUUCUUUCUUGUGAUCAUCGUCCUCUUACCCUAGCCUUCCCUCCGAAUCUGGCGUUGGCUUUGCUUUUGUCUUUAUUUAUUCGCCUUGCAUCACCACUCAGUUUCUUCGAGGAACCCUGUCUCCCCUACGGGUCCCCAAGAGGGUCACUAUUUGUGUCGGAUGAGAAGGCAAAAGAGGCCGGAGCCACACCCACCAAUAUAACUGAUUUAGGCGCCAGCCUGGCGCAUGCGCACCACGGCACUUCAGGAGCGGUCCUCAUUUAAAAGCUCCUCUCUAUGGUCGGACCCGGCCUUUGAAUGGACUGCUGAAUUAUGAAGUAUUCCAGAGCCAAUAGCAUAGCAUUACUGUGCUACUCAAUACUUUAUCUCCUGCUAGUUAUUUAAAUUAGACUUUUAAUAUCCUCCCAGCUGCUCUUGAAACACACAUGGUGCAUUGUUGCCAUUCCCCGGAUUGCAUCUUUGAAACCAAGGCCCUUAGUAACCUUUAUCAAACACAGAGGCAGCCUCCAGGAAGCCUUCCUAGUGGGAGAUUCAGCCUAACUGCCCUCUAGCUUUCUCAACCGUGCUGUAUUUGAAUUCCACCAUGGAGUACCGAAUGGAGUCUUGCUUGGCACAGGUGUUGCAGAAAGAUGUGGGGAAACGACUACAAGUGGGCCAAGAACUAAUAGACUAUUUCUCAGACAAGCAGAAGUCUGCUGAUCUUGAACAUGAUCAGACGAUGUUAGAUAAGCUUGUGGAUGGACUUGCCACUUCUUGGGUGAACUCUAGUAAUUAUAAGGUCGCACUUCUGGGUAUGGACAUCUUGUCAGCUCUGGUGUCCCGGCUGCAGGAUCGAUUUAAAGCACAAAUCGGCACAGUGCUCCCUAGUCUAAUUGACAGGUUGGGUGAUGCUAAAGAUUCUGUGAGAGAGCAAGACCAAACUCUGCUGCUGAAGAUGAUGGAACAAGCUGCCAGCCCUCAGUAUGUAUGGGACAGAAUGUUAGGAGGGUUCAAACACAAGAAUUUCCGAACCAGAGAAGGUGUUUGUCUCUGCCUUAUUGCAACACUGAAUGCCUCUGGGGCCCAUACUUUAACGCUAAGUAAGAUUGUGCCACAUAUAUGUAAUUUACUUGGAGAUCCAAAUGGCCAGGUUCGAGACUCAGCAAUAAACAGCUUAGUGGAAAUUUACAGACAUGUAGGAGAACGUGUGAGGGCAGAUCUCAGUAAAAAAGGAUUACCACAGUCUCGGUUAAAUGUAAUUUUUACAAAAUUUGAUGAAGUCCAAAGAUCUGGUAACAUGAUACAGUCUGCAAAUGAUAAAAAUUUUGAUGAUGAAGACUCUGUGGAUGGGAACAGGCCUCCUUCAGCCAGCUCUUCUACAUCUUCAAAGGCCCCCCCAAGCUCACGAAGAAACAUUGCAAUGGGAACCACUCGCCGUAUUGGACCUGUUGCCCUGGGAUCUAAGUCUUCUGCUGCAAAAGAAGGAGCUGGUGCUGUUGAUGAAGAGGACUUCAUUAAAGCAUUUGAUGAUGUACCAGUAGUACAAAUUUAUUCCAGUCGAGAUCUCGAAGAAUCUAUAAAUAAAAUUAGAGAAAUCUUAUCUGAUGACAAACAUGACUGGGAACAGAGAGUAACAGCUUUGAAAAAGAUUCGGUCAUUACUUUUGGCUGGAGCUGCUGAAUAUGAUAAUUUCUUUCAACAUUUACGUUUGUUGGAUGGAGCAUUUAAAUUAUCUGCUAAAGACCUGCGGUCUCAAGUUGUCCGGGAAGCUUGUAUCACUUUGGGGCAUCUGUCAUCAGUCCUGGGAAACAAGUUUGAUCAUGGAGCUGAAGCCAUCAUGCCAACCAUUUUUAAUUUAAUCCCAAACAGUGCCAAAAUCAUGGCCACAUCUGGUGUUGUAGCUGUUAGGUUAAUUAUUCGACAUACACACAUCCCUAGGCUAAUACCUGUCAUAACUAGCAACUGUACGUCCAAAUCUGUCGCAGUUAGAAGGCGCUGUUUUGAAUUUUUAGAUUUGCUUUUACAAGAAUGGCAAACACAUUCACUAGAAAGACACAUAUCAGUAUUAGCAGAAACAAUAAAGAAAGGAAUACAUGAUGCUGAUUCUGAAGCAAGGAUAGAAGCAAGAAAAUGUUAUUGGGGUUUCCAUAAUCACUUCAGUAGAGAAGCAGAACAUUUAUACCAUACAUUGGAGUCAUCUUAUCAAAAAGCUCUGCAGUCACAUCUAAAGAACUCAGAUAGCAUCGUGUCCUUACCUCAGUCUGAUCGUUCCUCUUCUAGUUCUCAAGAGAGUCUAAACCGUCCACUGUCUGCCAAAAGAAGUCCAACUGGAAGUUCCACAUCUCGAGCUUCUACAGUUAGUACCAAAUCUGUUUCAACAACUGGUUCCCUGCAGCGGUCUCGAAGUGACAUUGAUGUGAAUGCAGCAGCUAGUGCCAAAUCCAAAGUCUCAACAGCUGGCUCUACCCCUUUCAGUUCAGCAGCUGCCUUGCCUCCAGGAUCAUAUGCUUCAUUAGAGUCCAGACACAUCAGGGAGGACAUGGAGUACAUAGGCCUUGAACCAGGCCGGAUACGCACGCGACGCCAGAGCUCUGGGAGUGCGGUCAGUGUCACUACCACCCCUGAUAACCGUGGCCGAAGCAGAGCUAAAGUGGUUUCACAGUCCCAGCGAUCCAGAUCUGCUAAUCCUGCUGGUGCUGGUAGCCGAUCAAGCUCCCCAGGAAAACUGUUGGGAAGUUCUUAUGGUGGACUCACAGGAGGAUCUGCCAGAGGCACACCUGUGCCCUCAUCCUCAGAUAAACGAAGCAAGAUUCCAAGGAGUCAGGGAUGUAGUCGAGAAACAAGUCCCAGCCGUUUGGGUGGACAAGCACGGAGCAGCCGUAUCCCUCGACCCAGCAUGAGUCAGGGGUGCAGCCGCGAUACCAGCCGUGAGAGCAGCCGAGAUACAAGCCCUGCUCGGGGCUUCCCUCCACUGGCCUCUCGACGUCAUUCCAGGUCCACUAGUGCUCUCUCCACUGCUGAAUCUGUUGGGCAGUCAGAUCGCUUUGGGCUUGGGCAACCGGGAAGGAUGCCUGGUUCUGUCAAUGCUAUGCGAGUUCUAAGCACAAGCACAGAUCUGGAAGCAGCUGUUGCUGAUGCCCUGCUAUUAGGAGACUCCAGGAGCAAGAAAAAGCCAGUGAGGAGAAGAUAUGAACCAUAUGGGAUGUAUUCUGAUGAUGAUGCUAACAGUGAUGCAUCAAGUGUUUGCUCUGAGCGUUCUUAUGGCUCCAGAAAUGGCGGAAUUCCCCACUACCUACGACAAACUGAAGAUGUAGCAGAGGUUCUAAACCACUGUGCUAGUUCAAACUGGUCUGAAAGAAAAGAAGGACUUCUUGGACUACAGAACUUACUGAAGAGCCAGAGAACACUUAGUCGAGUUGAAUUAAAAAGGCUGUGUGAGAUCUUCACUCGAAUGUUUGCUGACCCUCACAGCAAGAUUGCUGAUUCAGAACCAGAAUGUGAUGCUAAUGAAAGAAAUUUGUUCCCAUCAGAUGGCUCUUGUACAAGAGUUUUCAGCAUGUUCUUGGAGACUCUAGUGGACUUUAUAAUAAUCCAUAAAGAUGACUUGCAAGAUUGGCUUUUUGUUCUUCUGACACAAUUACUUAAGAAAAUGGGAGCAGAUUUACUUGGAUCUGUACAAGCAAAAGUUCAAAAAGCUCUAGAUGUAACAAGGGAUUCCUUUCCCUUUGAUCAGCAGUUUAACAUUUUGAUGAGAUUCAUUGUGGAUCAGACACAAACGCCAAACCUUAAGGUCAAGGUUGCAAUUCUGAAAUACAUUGAGUCUCUGGCCAGGCAGAUGGAUCCAACAGACUUUGUAAACUCUAGCGAGACAAGGCUUGCUGUUUCAAGAAUUAUAACCUGGACAACAGAACCAAAGAGUUCAGAUGUGAGAAAGGCAGCACAAAUUGUGCUGAUUUCUCUGUUUGAACUGAACACUCCAGAGUUUACCAUGUUACUUGGUGCCUUGCCAAAAACAUUCCAAGAUGGUGCCACCAAACUCCUACAUAACCACCUGAAGAAUUCCAGUAACACGAGUGUGGGCUCUCCAAGCAAUACUAUUGGUCGAACUCCUUCAAGACAUACCAGUAGCAGAACCAGCCCCUUGACUUCACCUACCAAUUGUUCCCAUGGUGGUCUGUCACCAAGUCGGUUCUGGGGUUGGAGUGCCGAUGGGCUGUCGAAGCACCCACCUCCCCUUUCUCAGCCUAACUCCAUCCCCACAGCUCCUUCCCACAAGACUUUCAGGCGUUCUUACUCUCCCAGCAUGCUGGACUAUGACACAGAGAACUUGAACUCAGAUGAAAUCUACAGCUCUCUGCGUGGAGUAACAGAAGCCAUAGAAAAAUUUAGUUUCCGCAGCCAGGAGGAUCUGAAUGAGCCUAUUAAGCGGGAUGGCAAAAAAGACUGUGAUAUUGUUUCAAGAGAUGGUGGGAUAGCUUCACCUGCCACUGAUCUUCGAGGAGGAAGUGAUGUGGUAGAAGGAGGAAGGACAGCUCUUGAUAACAAAACUUCACUCCUCAACACCCAGCCUCCACGAGCCUUCACAGGGCCCCGAGCUCGAGACUACAGUCCCUAUCCUUAUUCUGAUACAAUCAACACCUAUGAUAAGACAGCUCUGAAAGAAGCUGUAUUUGAUGAUGACAUGGAUCAGCUUCGUGAUGUACCCAUUGAUCAUUCUGAUUUGGUAGCUGAUCUUCUGAAAGAAUUAUCUAAUCACAAUGAACGAGUAGAAGAAAGAAAAGGAGCCUUAUUAGAAUUACUUAAGAUCACCCGAGAAGAUAACCUAGGAGUUUGGGAAGAACAUUUCAAAACAAUUUUGCUCUUGCUGCUAGAAACACUAGGAGACAAAGAUCAUUCAAUACGGGCAUUGGCAUUGCGAGUGUUACGGGAAAUUUUGAGAAACCAACCAGCAAGAUUUAAAAACUAUGCUGAACUGACAAUCAUGAAAACACUGGAAGCACAUAAAGAUUCCCACAAAGAGGUUGUGAGAGCUGCAGAGGAAGCUGCUUCUACAUUGGCCAGUUCUAUACAUCCUGAGCAGUGUAUCAAAGUGCUUUGCCCAAUCAUCCAGACUGCUGACUACCCCAUCAAUCUAGCUGCCAUUAAGAUGCAGACCAAAGUUAUUGAGAGGAUUUCCAAGGAGUCCUUGCACCAGCUCCUCCCUGACAUAAUCCCAGGCUUGCUACAGGGCUAUGACAACACUGAAAGUAGCGUUCGUAAGGCCAGUGUGUUUUGCUUAGUGGCAAUAUAUUCUGUUAUUGGAGAAGAACUGAAGCCUCACCUUGCACAGCUCACAGGGAGCAAGAUGAAGCUAUUAAAUUUGUAUAUAAAGAGGGCCCAAACCACCAAUAGCAACAGCAGUUCAUCUUCAGAUGUUUCAACGCACAGUUAAUGGAAAUAUCUGGACUUAUUUGUGUAGACUUAGAAGCAAUCAGUGGUGCCUCUCUGAGACCUUUCUUCUCCCCUUUUCUUCAUUGGCACGCCCAAUCAGUACAAGGAGGCCACACAGAUAUUUAUUGCAAUCAGUAUUUUGGUCCUUUCAAGCUUUUGUGUAGAAUCUUAUUGGUAUUGAAUGUAAAGGAAGCAAGGCCUGUGUUGCAGUCUUCAUACAAAAAAAAAAAAAAAAAAACAGCCAUAACAUGUUUGUGCAGCCUGCUGAAAUCUUUAAAAGGGGGUUUAGAUUACAGCGUUAUAACAAUGAACCCCUCUUGGUUAAACUAAAGUGAUUAAUUUGUUUUAAGUUAAGUUGAUACAGACUUGAGGUUUUAGGAUCGUGUCAGUUUCUUCAUAAUAUUUUGUUUCAUUAUGGGUGUGACCCUUGGCUGGAUCCUGCGCCUUUCACAAAGGAAACAAUGAAAGUGGUAUGGUGUGUGUAUUUAAGUUGUUGUUUGAAUCCUACUGAAAUGUGAAUUAUGUCUUAGAAAACAUUUAAAAUUAAAAAUAGCCUUUUACCCUGUUAACUGCUAAACACCCCAUAGGUUUUCAUUUUCAGUCUUUUAGCUGUAUAUAACACGCUCUAGCUUUUUAGUGUAGAUUCUGAAAACUGAUGACUCUUUAGUACUGACUUCAAGUUAAAGCUUACUUUAAUUGCGUGAUAUUUGUUUUCAGGGCUUAAAAUUUCUUAACAGCUAUUUUAAAGUUCAUUUGAAUUCAAAAACAAAAACCAGAGUAAGACAAAAGAAGUCAUGUAGUGAAAUUCUAUUUGCAAGAAUUGUAGGGGAAAUCUUACUCUCAGGAUCUUUGUAGAAACAUAAUUUAAAUACUACCCAUUGAACAAAUUUAGAGACCUUAAAAAUCGAAGAGUGACAACUAAUAUUUGAUAUUUUAUUCUUGACUUUUAGUUUAUCCCAGAGUUUCAAGAUUAAAUUUUUCUCAAUUCAUAGAGUAAUGACAGUUACAGAAUUUUAAAAUUUGACUUUUCUUUUUAAGUAGAAUCAGAGAGUAUAGGGAUAGUAUAGAUCACGACUCAAUAGAUCAUGACUCAGUCAUUUUUCAUUCUCUAAACCAAAAUUAUUUUCUAAUGAUUUGUUGAAAUAAACACUGACAAGAAAAAUUGCAUGUCCAUUAUAAUAUGCGAUAGUGAAAAGGAGGGGAUCCUAAAAUUUAACUCCAAGUAAAAUUAAUUAAUUAAUCUUAUAGGAGGUAAAAUUUCAAUUCUCCCUGUUAGCCCUCUCCACAACUUACCUGACAGGUUUAGAAUUCAGAGUAAUAAUAGAAUAGAAGAUGGAAGAAAAUGAGUAAAUUUUUCCUUAUUCUAAAAUUAUUUUAGAUAUUUUAUUAAAAAAUAUAGUAUGCACUGAAAAUGAAUGCACUGUAAUGUCCAUAAACUAAUGCAGUGUUUUCACACUACAGGAUGGACUUCUAAAGUGUAAUUUAAAUAUGUAGGAAAUACAUAGCUGCUCCUGUUAGAAUUUAGUGGUGAAAAAUAUUCUAUCUGAUUCAUCAACACUUGCCAUUUGAUUGGAAUAAUAAUUUAUUUUAGGAAAGAGCAACAAGGGGAAAACCAAAUUUUCUGAGAAAGAUUUUUACAAUGUUAAUUCUUAUCCUUUUAUAAUAUCUGUCCACUCUAAAGCAUGCUAAUUGAAAAUAAGUGAUAAUGGCUGUCUUAAAUGCAUUAAAUUUUAUCAUACAUCUAAAAAAAUUUUUUUGGUGACAGACAAAUGUGACUGAAUGUAAUUGGCAUAUUUGGGGCUGCAAAAUAUGAGACCAGGCCUUACUUUCUUGAUCAAAUAAUAUUUUGUUUGUUGACAGAUAUUCAUUAAUGUGAUUUUUCUUUCACUACACAAGUCAGUUAAAGAUUCAUUAUUCUCUACUGUAGAAUGUGUUGCACCAUAGAAGAAACAUUCUGGUUAGAUUAUUUAUCAAUUCAUUUAAAUAUAAUGUAUAUAGUAAGUUUCCCUUUCUCUCCCUUCCCUUAUUCCCUUAAAAAGUCCUGCAUCCCCUCUGUCAUUUAGUUUGGAAGUAUCUUGAAUGUUGCCUAAUUUCCUUGUAGUACUCAAAGGGCUAGCCAUGAACACCACUUGCAUAACCUUCAAUCUCUUUAACUUACCAAAAAGAGAGAAUGUACAAUCGUCAGCAAAUAUCAAAGUCUCUUGGCUUACAGAUCUGGAAACUCUGAUAUAUACACCAAGGAGAGCAAAUCUGCAUGUUGCCCAUCACAUCAUCCUGAAGGUGAGAGCAGAGCCCGGCUGCCCCAGCCAAAUUUCAGCAACUGUAGCUGCCUUUCCUUGCCUUUUCUGUCGUUUAGGGCACUCGCUAAUUUAAAAAAGAAAGAACGAACAAGAAAAGAAAGAAAAAUAAUUCAACAGAAACUUUGCCUCCCCUGCUUACCAACUCUGAAUUUUCAAUGCCCUGAAAGAGCCCAUCACCCUCUGGACCUUGGGGUUGCUAUUCAUUGUGCUAUUGACACCACUAAGCUAGGGCAUGGGCAAACCACUUGAUCCAUAUUCCCCAUUCCCCCACCUCCAGGUUUUAAGUACUGUAGUUCUCAUGUAGUGCAGAAGUAUUGAGGCAUGUGGCUUUCUCAAAGUACACCAUGUGUGCUUGGCUGGAUGACAAAUGACAAUAAUACAAAACUGUCUUUUCUAUUGCUUAUUAUUAGCUUCUCAAUAAUCUAUAUAAGUAAUGCAACUUGCAUCUUUGUCAUAUAAAAACUACUUUUCCUUUCCCCAGUACCCUUUAUUUAUCAAGCAUAAUGUUACAUAUUAAAGGACAGCAAAAAGAACGUUGUAGAAUUACGAAUUACAGCCGGACUUUGCUAACAAUAAUGUUUGGAAAUAAAAAGGAAAAGCUAUGAAAAAUGACAACCACCAGAAUGGUUUGUUUCCAGUGUGUUCACACGCAUGGUUCUUCACACAUACAUAAACACACACACACACACACACACACACACACACACACUUUUUUUGCUUUUUGUCAUGUUACAUCCAUAUCUGUAUUUAUAUAUUAAUAUUUGUUUCACUUUUAAGUGUAUCAUGGCAAAUGUACAGAUGUUUUUGUUAACAUUAACGUGAUAGGAUUUGCUAAAAAAAAAAAGACAAAAAAACCCUUUU